AUGGAAGUUUUAAGGAAAAAGCGCUCUCAAAUGAAAAGGUCAGUGACGCGAAUUUACAAUUUUGUCAACAGUCAUAAUGCAACACAUGAUGAAAUAAAGGUACGUAUAGUUGAACUUGAUAAUGUAUAUUCGAAAUACAAGGAUCUGCAGGAUGAAUUGGAUAUUUUAUGUGAAACUGAUGCUGAAACUAAUAUUGAAAAUGAGUACAGGGAUCAAAUCGAGGAUAUGUUUUUCGCAAUUAAGGCUAUUUGGUCUAGCCAAUCCCAAGCUAAUUUGGACAACACCGUAGUGGAAGGUGCUUCGGCUAGUACUCCGAAUAUUAUGCAUGAUUUAAGUACAUCAAUUCAGGCUAUAGUACAACAACAAUCGACUACAACAUCAAUUCUUGAAUGUGUAUCAGCUACACUUUCAUCAGUGACAAAUAUGCAGUCGAACAAUGGUCAUUCAGAAUUGCGCAUACCACCUAUACAAAUUCCAGAUUUCGAUGGAGAUCUUUGCAACUGGUUAAGAUUUAGAGACUUAUUCAAGGCAAUGGUACAUUCUAAGACCAACUUGUCUAAUGUUGAAAAAUUGGAAUACUUACAAACGAAAUUGAAGGGUGAAGCGUCAUCAAUUAUAAAACAUUUGCAACCAUCGAACGAAAAUUAUGCUAUUGCUUGGAAUCUCAUAUUGGAAAACUACGAUAGACCAGAUUUGAUAGAGAAACAAUAUUUUGAUUUGCUUUUUAGACAAAAAUCUUUGAAGAAUGCUACGUAUACGGAAUUUAGGAAAUUUUACAAUAAUACAGUGGAAGUUUAUAAUGCGUUAAAAGUUGUAAAUGCUUCAAUUAAUUCAUGGGAUUCUAUUUUAUUAUACCAUAUUGAGGACAAACUUGAUUUUGAGACCAUUAUACUAUGGCGUAGAGAGAAAAAGGACAACGAAUCUCAGACAUUCUCACAAUUAUUAAGGUUUUUAAAGAUACGCCUACUUGAACUUGAGGAAACUCAACCCAGUCCUUCUACAAGACAAAGACCGAUCAAGGCGAUGGCUGCUACUACACAAUCAUGUCCUUUAUGUGGUGAUAAUCAUUUAUUAUAUAAUUGUCCACAAUUUAAGGCCUUAAAUGUGAAUGAACGCAUAAAGGUCAUACGUACAAAUAAACUUUGCUUCAAUUGUUUGAAAGGAGAUCAUUUUUCCAAUGAUUGUAAAUCGGGUUCAUGUAGAACAUGCAAUCUUAGACAUAACACUCUUCUGCAUAUCGAUACUCCACAACCUCAGGGUCGUCAACGCAUCAGUAAGCAUCAAUUCUAA